CCCGAUUAACGCAGUUCUACUGUUGGCAACACGUGCACGUGCACGAAUUUUGAACUCGAUUUGAUUUUAGCCCGAUUUAAGUGGAAACACAGGCGCAAUGGGCAAGAAGACGAAAGUUGGAAAGACCAGGAAGGAUAAGUUCUACCAGCUGGCCAAGGAGACGGGUCUGCGAUCCCGUGCCGCCUUCAAGUUAAUCCAGUUGAACCGCAAGUUCGGCUUCCUCCAGCAGUCGCAAGUAUGUUUGGAUCUGUGCGCAGCGCCCGGUGGCUGGAUGCAGGUGGCCAAGCAGAACAUGCCCGUGUCCAGCAUCGUGAUCGGCGUGGAUCUGUUCCCCAUCCGUCCCAUCGCCGGCUGCAUUGGCCUGGUCGAGGACAUCACCACCGAGAAGUGCCGCCAGUCGCUGACCAAGGAGCUGCAGUCCUGGAAGGCUGACGUUGUCCUCCACGACGGUGCCCCCAAUGUGGGCCGAAACUGGCUGUACGAUGCCUACCAGCAGAUCUGUCUCACCCUCAAUUCCCUUAAGUUGGCCACACAGUUCCUGCGCAGCGGCGGUUGGUUCGUCACCAAGGUCUUCCGCUCCAAGGACUACAAUGCCCUGCUGUGGGUCCUCAAGCAGCUCUUCAAGAAGGUGCACGCCACCAAGCCGAGUGCCUCGCGUAAGGAGUCCGCUGAGAUAUUCGUCGUCUGCCAGGGUUACAUUGCCCCCGAUCACAUUGAUCCCCGUCUCUUGGACUCCAAGUACGUGUUCGAGGAACUCGAUCUGGAUGCCAAGAAGAAGAGCAGUCUGCUGCAUCCCGAGAAGCAGAAGCGCAUCAAGGCCGAGGGUUAUACCGCUCAGGAUAUUGCCCUGCGCAACGAACUGGCCGCCACGGAUUUCAUGAAGGCUGAAAACGCACUGACUGCUCUACAGGGCAUCGGUUCCAUUGGCAUCGAUGAUGAACGCAUUGCCAAGCACAAGAAGACCACCGUCGAGAUCCUGGAGUGCUGCAAGGAUCUUAAGGUGCUGGGCCGCAAGGAUAUCAAGGGACUGGUUCAGUGGUGGAAAGAUGUCAGGGGGCUGUUCGUGCAGAAGGAGGAUGCCCUGGUCGUCCCAGAUGCUGAGGAGGAGAAGGUUAAGCCACUGACACAGGCCGAAAUCGAGGACAUGGAAGAUGCCGAGCUGCAAACGCAAAUAGACACAAUUGUGGAUGAGGAAAAGAAAGAUUUGAAGCGUAAGCGCAAGAAGACGCUCAAGACAAAGGCCAAAUUGCACGAGAAGAUGAACCUGAAUAUGGUGAUCAAGGGAGACGAUGGUCCCGUCGAGGAAACAGAGCACGAAAUCUUCGAACUCAAACAUAUUAAAACUUCUGAUGAGCUCGACGGUUUGCUAGAUGUUCAGCCGGACUUCGCUGUGGAUGAGAGUGCGCCCGAGCAAGAAAAGCUGCCGAAAUACAAGUAUUUCGACAAGGAUGAGGGCAAUAUUAAUGAUGAUCUUAACUACGAUGACGACGAUGAUGAGGAAGAAAGCGCAGCCUCAGAGGACGAAGACCAAAUCAAUGAUAAACAGGGUCUGGGUCUCAGUGACGAUGAAGAGGGCACUUCAAAGGGCAAAAACAAGAGGAAAAAGCGCACUGAGAAUCCACUGAUUAAGUCAAAUGAUUUUCGUGAUAAGAAUACAAAACGAGAGCAGCGUGUACAGCUUUGGUAUGAGAAAGAUGUUCUGCAAAAUAUCCAAUCAGAUGACGAUGAGGAAACUUACGAUCUGGACAAUCUGGCCAAGGAGUACAAGGCCAAGGGUGUGUCGGUUUUGGGUGAGAGCACCCUCACCGCGGACGCAGAUGAUCAAGCUAUUCAGGGAAAGAAAGCCAAGCGCCGCGCACGACAUGAAGCCCCGAAAGAGGACAGUAGCUCAGAGUCAUCCGAUUCCGAAGAUGAAGCCAAGGAAGCCAACGAGGAUGGCGAUGAAACGAAUCCAGAAACAAAGGCGAAAAAGGUUCGCCUAACCGAAAAUGAGAUGGCUUUGGGCGCCUUUAUAACACGCAACAAGAAAACACGCCGAGACGUGAUCGAUGCCGCCUGGAAUCGCUAUGCCUUCAACGAUGAGAACCUUCCCGUUUGGUUUGCACAAGACGAGGAGGAGCACAUGACCAAGCCACAGCCAGUUCCCAAGGAGCUGACAGCCGAGUACCAGCGCAAGUUGCAGGAGGUCAAUGUGCGUCCCAUCAAGAAGGUUAUGGAGGCCAAGGCACGCAAACAUCGUCGUGCCACCAAACGCUUGGCCAAGGCCAAGAAAAUGGCCGAGAAGAUUAUGGAGAACUCCGAUGCCACCAACCACGAAAAGUCCAAGCAGCUCAAGAAGGUCUACAAGAAGGCCCAGGAGAAGAAGAAGGAGGUCACAUAUGUGGUGGCCAAGAAGCAGUCGGCAGCUCGUCGAGCCCGCCGUCCAGCAGGCGUGAAGGGUCGCUAUCGAGUGGUGGAUCCUCGUGAGAAGAAGGACAAGCGAUCCCUGGACGCAAAAAAGAAGCGCGAAAAGGGCAAGGGCGGAAAGGGUGGCAAGGGAAGCAAAGGUCGUAAGGGCCGUUGAGAAAAUGUACAUCUAACAAAAAAUAAAA